UACAUACACAAUGAAGACAUUUUUCUUCAUUAUUCAAAAAUGGCAAACUAUACAAUGAAGACAUUUUUAAUCUUCGUUAUUUGUCCAUUUUUAGUAGUAAUUUUCGGUUUUUCAUCUUUAAUCUGUGGCUUUACUCUGAAUGAAGACGGCUUCCCAAAUUGGGUUAGGCUAAAAGACAGGAAACACGGAUUAUCGAAACGGACGUCGCCAUCUCCGUCACCGUCAACGUUAUUUGAUGAGGCAGCAGAUAUCGUAGUGGCAAAAGAUGGGUCGGGGAAUUAUAAAACAGUGAAAGAGGCUGUAGCUAAUAUACCUAAGAAAGGCGGAAGAAUUGUGAUUUAUGUGAAAGCAGGUGUGUACAAUGAGAACGUUGACGUCAAUGUUAACGACGUCACGUUAGUUGGUGAUGGAAUUGGGAAGACAAUUAUCACUGGAAAUAAAAGCAAUGGGACUGGCUCCUCAACCUUCAAUUCAGCUACUUUUGGGGUUAGGGGAGCCUGAGGUAAACAGGACUAGAAUUCUCUCCAUGGAGUUUGAACGCGAGAUCACCGGUAUGAGAGAGUGAGUCAGUAAUCAACUGAGCUAAAUUGCUUCGUCAAUAGUAAUGUCAAAUUAUAUUAGCAGUAUUAUCACGGAUGGUAAUUAUUUUAAGGAUAAUGUCGAUCAUUAUUGAUAAAGAUUAUAACCUUAAUUAGUAUCAGUAUAAAAGAAAUUAAAUAACUUUAGUUUGUGGCCUGGUGAGGAGAAAAGGGGCAAAUAAGCCCACAUACUAACAAAAAAAGAUCAAAUAAGCCCUUAUAUAGGAGGCUCUAUCCGGUCGUCGCCAUUUGGGGCGGUUCCCGGUGGAAUUGUUUGAUGAAUUUUUUUGAGCAUCUUAUUCAUUAAAUCUAGUUUACCCAUACCAAAUUUCAGCUAAAACUUCAAUCAAGAAGUCAUUCAAAUGAAUUCUUGAAGAUAACUGUGCAGUUAAAAACGCAGUUAUUUUCAAGAAUUCAUUUGUAUGCCUUUCCGAUUGAAUUGUUAACUAAAAUUUGGUAUAAGUAAACUAGUCUUAAUAAAUAAGAUGCUCAAAAAACUUCAUCAAAAAAUUCUACCGGGAAGCGCCCCAAAUGGCGACGGCCGGACAGAGCCUCCUAUAUAAGAGUUUAUUUGACCUUUUUUUAUUAGUAUAUGGGCUUAUUUGCCCCUUUUCCCUAGUGAGUAAAACUUCCUCUAAGAUGAAUUCGUGAAAGAGUAUGGCGUGGUGUUACGUAUAUUGUUAACAUCAUUUUAUUUUUGUUAAGGGUAAAAAAAAUACUCCGUAGUAAAUUUCAAACGGGAUAUUUUGUUGUGCAUGCCCCAUCAAUCCAUCAUGCUCGAUUAUUCAUAAUGGUUUCCACCUAUUUCACUAACGUAAAACAAAUAGUUGAUUACGUAGAGCCGAUCGAAUUUGCUCUUUUUAUUUUAGUCUUGCUUAGAGUUUUAUCAAUUUCCACCGCAUUCUCUUUUGAAACGAAUUGGAAAAUUGAUUAUUGAAUAAAAACUAUACUAUGUUCCAGUUUAAUUUCAUUCGGUUUAGUUUGGUUUAAAUUUUGUUGUUUUAAAUCCUUUAAGAUUAAUUUUAUGGAUUCUAAUUAGUUUGGUUUUAUUUGGUUUUUUAUAUUACAAUUCCGUUUAAUGCGAUUUGAAAAAAAAUAUUAGCAAACUCAUCAAAUUUGUAUGGAUUCGACACUUGAUAUAGUCAGAUUUGGUUAAACCAAAACAAUAUAUUCACCUCUAAUUUUAUUCAUCAAUCUAAUGCUCCCUGAUGAGAUGCCUUCCACUACUCUAAAUACAGCUUCAAGAUUGACCUUUCCGAAUUUCAAUUCAAAAUUUAUACGUACAUAAUAUAGGAAUAAUUGAAUAACUAGUUCAUACAGCAAUUAUUCAAAUAUACAACAAAAAUAAAUGAACAAAUUUGAGAUCGGCAUAUUAUCCCGUAUCAUUUUGUUGUAUAGUUGAAUCAAUGGUAUAAUCAGAGCCCUGGUUCAAAUGCAAUGAGCCGGUACAAAGAAGUUUUUGGACAAUGUUUUGUUCCACGCUUCAAAUGUUGCAUUUUAUAACUAGGGAGUAGCAAAUUGAGUAGUCAAAUACAACUAUAGCAUAACACAUUUUGCUAAAUAGAAUGAUAUGGAGUGUUAUUUCCUAUUAUCCUCCGUUUUUUUAAUCGCAACAUGUUGAAUUUUGCAUUAUUCACAUAUUCUACUUUGAUUACUCCCUCCGUAUCAAAUUAAUUGACCCGUUUCUUUUUCACGCAGUUUAAGACAAUUACUGUAGACUUUAUUAAAAGUAAGAGGUUUUUGGUACUGUAGCGACACUGUAGCGGUACUGUAGCAGUACUGUAGCUGCUUUUUGAGUGAGAUUCUUUCCAAAAAGGGAAAUGGGUCAAUUAAAUUGAUACACCAAAAAAGGAAAGUGGGUCAAUUAAUUUGAUACGGAGGGAGUACAUUUUAUGGUAUUAUUUUAAGAAAAUUAUUAUUUUUUAAAAUAUUGUUCAAUUCAUCUCAUUACAAAUUUUCAAAAUCUGAUUUUUAAUUAUUUUUUACUAAUAGAGAUUAAGAUAUAAUUACGGUCAAAGACGUGCGUUGGCAAGUUUGAAAUGUUGACCGUUGUAACUAAAAGAGAACGGAGGAAGUAUUAAGGGUAUGUUUGGCACAACUAACUGAAAAGAUACUUUUAUGAACUUUUCAGUGACUGUUAGCUUUUAGUGACUGAAAAGAUCUUAAAAGAAAAAUGCAGUAGCUGUUUGAUAAAAAGCUAACUGUUUGGUUUAACUAUGUUUGGUAUACGAACUGUUGGGACUAAUUAAUGCUAGAAGGUACAGACUUAUCUGAGAUGCUACUCACUGUAGCAUCUAAAAAAAGAUCUUUUAUUUUUAUAGAAGCUCUUAAUAAUUGGCAUGCCAAACACACAACUAAAAACUUUUAAGAACUUUUUAAAUAGUACAAAAACUAGAAGACACUUAUGCAUGCCAAACAUAGCCUAAACAUCUGCUUCAACUUAUUGUGUUUUUCAAUGGUUUUCAUGCACUUUAAUUUUUUAGCCGUGGAUGGAUCCGGAUUCAUUGCUCGAGGCAUAACAUUCCAAAACACCGCCGGAGUUUCCAACGGACAGGCGAUCGCCGCCCGGUGCUACUCCGAUUUCGCAGUGUUCUAUCAAUGCAGCAUCGAGGGUUAUCAAGACACUCUGUUCUACCGCUCCGACCAUCAGUUCUACCGGGAAUGCGACAUCUACGGCACCGUCGACUUCAUCUUCGGCGCCGGCGUAGCGGUGUUCCAGAACUGCAACAUCUACGUGCGCAACCCCGGGCCGAACAAGGUCAACACCAUAACCGCCGACGGCCGGGACGACAAAAACAGGGUCGGCGGAAUAUCUUUCCAGAACUGCGUGGUCACGGCGGCGCCGGACGUGAAGUUCUCCGAUCUGGCCACGGUGAAGACGUAUCUGGGCCGGCCGUGGCGGAAUUAUGCGACGACCGUGUUUAUGCAGACGUUCCUGGAUGGCUUGAUUGAUCCGGCGGGAUGGCUGGCGUGGGAUGCUCCGCUGGACACGGUGUACUACGGCGAGUAUGAGAACUAUGGGAUGGGGGCGUCAACGGCAAGAAGGGUCAGCUGGGGCGGUUAUCAUGUGAUCAACGACGCGGCGGAGGCUUCGAAGUUCACGGUGGAAAAGCUCAUCGAUGGCGACUCUUGGUUACCGGCCAUAAGUAUUCCUUACACUUCCGGUCUCUCAUAGUUAAUAAAGAAAUUGUUUUAAAAUAGGACUAAAUAUACACAAAUUGUACAAAUGGUACUAUUUAUAUUUUAUUCUCAAAAUAUGAAUGAUUUGACCCUAUUAAGAUUAUAAAAUUUCUUCAAUAAGGAGUAAAUGAUUGAGUGAUUUUUUUCUUUUUGAAAGGAAAGGAAAUGAUUGAGUGAUUUGAGUCUUCCUUUAAAAAGAAAAUAAUACUUCAUCGGUUCUUUUUUAAUUGUAACGGUCAACAUUUCACACUUGUCAAUGCACGUCGUUGACUGUAAUUAUAUCUUAAUCUUUAUUAGUAAAAAUAUUUUAAAAAAUAAUUUUCAUAAAAUAAUAAUAUAAAAUGUAGUCAAAGUAGAACAUGUGAAUAGUGUAAAAUUCAACAUGUUGCGAUUAAAAAGAGACGGAAGAUAGUAAUUGUCAAUCCUAUUUACUAACUUUGCUUAUGUUUUAGACACAAAUUCCUAAAGAGAAGUAAAAACUUUUAAAAUUCCAAAAAAGGUAUUUUUAUUCCUCAAAUUUGAGUAAUUACUGUCAAUUUGGAUAAUCAAUCUUGGAUAAUACCUCACGUUUAAAUCCUAGUAAUGACGAAACUUGAUAGUAGUUACUCUUAUUUCAAGAAUAAAAACUUGUUAUUCCUGUUUAGGAAUUUACAAACAUUUUUUACUUCUUACUGAGGAUACUUUCCUAUAUUUUAGUCAUAUGUAGGGAAUUCUUUAUAA